GUAUGAUUUGUCAAAAAUCGUGGAGAUCCAAGAAGGAAAAAGAUCAUUAGGGAAGACAAAGAUAAGAUAAAAUACAUCUUUUCUUAUUUCUUUACCAGCUCAAAAUUUACCAUCUUUCUUUUUUUUGUUCUUAUGCUAUUUUACUUUAAUGGAUUAUAUACUGAUAUUGAACUAAACGCAGUAAACUUAACAAAAGCAAAUGAUACAUGAGAUUAAGAUGGCAGAAAACAAAAGGUAUCUCAAACUUAUACGUCGAAUGUAGAACAAGUUUUCUUUCGAAAGUCACCAAAGAGGUCAUUUGUGAGGUUUCGGAAAAUGCCGGCACUUGUAAUAAAUUAUGCACGAGUUUCAGGACACCACUCAAUAAUGAGUCAAGAAAACAAAGCAAACAUGCUACUUCAUAUAACAGAGUUCUUUUGUAAAGUGCAAUUCAAUAGCGUUUCACCGAAAUUAGAUCUGUCACCUGUUUUAGAUACUAUGGCAUCUCUUUCUUUCUUUCUCCUUCUUUCCGCCCAGUUUAAGACGAUAGUUCCUUGGGGAAACGUUCAACUUUAUCGUUUUUCAACAAGCUCUGUUUCUUUUGGUAACUUUGUGCGCAAUCCAUUUAGAUAUUUAUGGGAAGAGAAACCGGCAUCGUCCAUGGUGACAGAUCAGUCGCACUGUGCCUUGCUUUGCGUUAGCGAACCAAAGUGUUAUUCGUUCAACAUGGUAGUGUAUCCUGACUCCAAAGGUCUUCAUCUGUGUGAAUUACUGUCUUCUGACAAGUACAGAGCAACUGAAAGAUUACAGGCCAAUUUUUCGUACCAUCAUUACAGCCCUUGGUCUCCAUGUGAAAGUGCGCCUUGUAUGAACGGUGGUGUCUGUGUUCCUGAAUAUGAAUCGAACUCCUAUCAUUGUGAUUGUCUGCUUGGAUUCUGUGGAACUGACUGCGAACAAGGAGGAGGUAGAACCUGUAGUCAGAUCAAACUUUGUAAUCUCCCGGAUGGCUCUUACAUCAUCGACCCUGAUGGAGAGGGAGGAGUGAAACCUUUCAAAGUCUAUUGUGACAUGACUGACAAGAACGGUGUUGGAGUGACAGUUGUUAGUCACGACAGUGAACGUAGAACACUGGUGGAUGGUUUUAAUGGCAAAGGUACUUAUUCUCGAAAUUUUGAAUAUGAUAAGACUGAUUUGGUUCAAUUGGCAAGCUUGACAUCUUUAUCCGCUAACUGUGAGCAGUUUAUAAAGUACGAGUGCUAUCACGCUAAAUUAUUUUUCAAUGGUGGCAUGAACAGUUGGUGGGUGUCACGUGGGGGUGAGAAAAUGACCUACUGGGGAGGAGUCGAUUCUGUUGAUUACAAAUGCGCAUGCGGAUUGACCAACUCGUGUGCAGACCUUAGUGACGGAUGUAACUGCGAUAAAAAUGACGAAAACUGGCGAGAGGAUAGCGGUUUACUCACAGACAAGUCCAAGCUUCCUGUGACACAAUUGAGAUUUGGAGAUACCGGUAAGGCAGGUGAUACGGAUGAAAAAGGGUAUCACACGCUUGGAAAACUGAAGUGUUAUGGACUCAAACAUAAUUUACAGUAAGUGUAGAACUCAAAACUCGCCUAGCCUUAAACGUUAUUAAUUGGCAAAGUAUUUUCUACCAGAGAUUUCAAGAUCGUUUCCAGCACAGCUAAUGAUAACAAACCCCUCAUUUGUUAAGUUAAAAAAUAUUAAAUAGUUAAAUAUUCUCCACAUCACCCACCCUUCUAUUAAAUAUCGACGAAUCCUCUUAAACUGUUGUGAAUCAUUUACGUUUGCUUUUGUUUGUUACAUUCAUCGUUUUAAAUUAAAAGGCCAAGGAAACGUAGGACCAUUUAAAACAAAGAGAAAUACUAUACGAUGUUACAGUUAUUUGUUUAGAAUACAAUCAACUAAAAACUGUGUGAUCUACUAGUAAAUUCUGUGAUUUAUGGUCACUGUUCUUGUUUUGAAUAGUUUAAAACGUGCACUCGUUUAAGACUGUUGCAUUACUCGAGUUUUCUAGUACUGGCUUCCAAAUGAGUGCUGGGAUUGAGCAACUCAGCAUCAAUUCCCUCAGGAAAUAAGUUGGUAGCACGUUAUAAAUUAAAGCGAUAUAAAGUCAAGAAAAGCUUCACAUUUUUUUUUUUUCAAAAAAAGGUUGGUAAACAAACUGUUUUUGUUUUUAGUUUCCUGUUGGACGAAGGAGAUCACUUUUCUCUGUUAAGAUUAAAACCCUUUGCGGUUG